AUGCCGAAGAACGUCUCACCGUACAUAUGGAGUCCCGGAAACGAGCUAGAACCCCAUCAGACGAGGACUUGUCUUCUAAGUCGAAUGGUUACAAUGUUUGUGAUCCUUGUCGUGCCAGGAAAAGGAAGCAGUAAGAACGUUGUGGAUCGAAUCGAAAUUCAGCUUGAGCGGCUUGAGCAAGGUGUUACUGCCGUUCAGACCGGUCUACAACGGCUCCAAACAGCCCAAGGUCGCUACAGCCAUUCUGCCAAUGGCGCUAUGUCAUCGUGGACGUGUGCCGCUGUCGGCGAAGGUACAGCUGUUAGUAUCCCAGGCAGUUCUCGCCAUGGACUCCGGCGUCGCUUCGUGCGUGACGUCGAUGGCCAUGAGUUCUAUAUUGGGCCCAUGUCGCUUCUCAGUCUCAUACUAGAUGCGAAGGAGCUAGUACUCUGUCAGACCUGGCACCUUGUGCACUAA